AUGAAAUAUUACGAACCAAUAGGUGUAUUCCGCCAGCCAGCAAUGUAUAACAAUAUUAACAGCAACAGCUUGUCAUAUAAUAAGAAGAGUUGGUUGAACCAUUAUAAUGCGAACGACCAACAUUUUAAACAGAAUUUACGUAAAGUGUCAGAAGAUUAUAAUGAUCAUUAUACGACACAAAAAUUGAAGUCGGACUAUUGGACAACAAGACAAUUGACUGAGGAAAAUGAUACAUGGAACGAUAUCGCAAUAUCGCAAAGUAAUAAUAGAUUAUGUAUUGCGAACACAAACCAAAGUAAUGAAACUAAAUUAUCUUUGUUUCAAUUACACGACAACAACAACAGUUCUUCAAAAAUCUCAUUGAAUAAAUUACACAAUGUAACUUUACCAAAAAAUAACCCAGUGACAACUUUGUCUUUUGUAGAGUUUCAUUCAAGGCGUCACCAUGAUAACGAUUUAUUGUUAACCGCACAUCAGAAUGGUUACGUGCAUUUAAUUACUACUUCAGCAACUGAUGGUUCUCAAAUUGUCUCAAGAUUUAAUCAUUCAAAAUUUAUGACUUUUGAUAAUGAUCUUACUGUUAUAAAUGGUGCCAUGCCAAUAAGACAAUUGGAAAGUGAUUUGAAUUCAAAUAACGGAUUUGUCUCGUUGAUUAACGAAUCUUUAUUCAUCUAUGACAUUUCAAUGAAUAAAUCACCAACGUAUUUAAAUCAUUUCCCCUCGAUUAAUAAAUUCGCUCUACAUAAAGACACUCCCUUGGUAGCAUUAGGCCAAGUAAAUGGAAUUUCCUUUUUAGACGUCAGAGACGCCAACAAACCAGCAAUUUAUUCUGUUGGUAACAACAACAAUAAUAUUACUGCUAUUGAAUGGAUAGACGACCAUACGAUCUCCUUGGGGAAAGCAAAUGCCGGGACUGUUCAAUUGUUCGAUAUUCGAAUGUUACAACAACCUUCCACAACGUCAAUACCUUUAUGGGAAUGUCAUUUGGACUCAAAUAGCUCGGUACGUUCUUUGAAAUAUAACUCAAACAAUAAAACUUUAUCGGUUUUGGACGAUAUGGGUGCAUUGACUAGGUGGGACUUAGCUACACGUCCUGGUUUCAACUUCAAUUUCAACUCAACAACACAGCAUUGCUAUUUAAAGAAUGGUUUACAUUCAGUGACUCGUAAUCACAACGCCUCAAAUGUCUUGCAAUGUGGUGACACUUUGGUUAAAAAUGGAAAUCUUUCAGGUAUGACUUUAUGGAAGGAUGCAGUGAUUGCUCAUGGGUUGAAUGAAUUAAGUAUGCAUAGAAUUGUCGACAUAGAGAUGUCUACGUCUCCUACUUCAUCGAAAACUCCUGUAUCACCAACUUAUUCUACUGGCACUUCCAUGGAUAGCAUAACCAUCAUGGACUCCCCCAUCACAUUUAAUGAAAAUGUUACAGGUGUUGACUCUGACGCAACUUCAUUGUUUGAUUCAUAUAGUGAGGAUGAUCAUGCUGAUAUCGCAACUUUAAGACCUGAACCUUUGUCUCCGAUAAAGAAUGGUAACGAUUCUUCAAUGAAUAAAUUGGCUUUAAAGAAUUUAAGUUGUCAAACAAUGGUAGAGACAACAACAAUAUUUUAA